AUGAACGUCUUUCUUUCGCUGUUGCUGUUGGUCUCGGGAUCACUGGUUGUGGAAACAGCCGAGAAUGGUCAAAUCUUCGAGGCGAAGAUAGUCAGUAUUUUUAUAUCUAAAAAUACCCUAGAGCCGUUUUAUUACGAACUGAUAACUCCGGCUAUCGACUUGGCUGUCCAGAAAGUGAAGCUUAUCUAUCCCCACAUUGCUUUCAACAUUACGUACAGAACUGCUUAUAAUACGUGUGCUAACAGCGUGGCUGAAGCUUUAGCUGCUGAAGAAUAUUUCAAGAAGGGAGUGACAGCGUUUAUUGGUCCAGGUUGUACUUCUUCUCUCGAAUCAGUUUCCCGGCUUGCCUCCUACUGGAACAUCCCCAUCUUCUCUUCGACUGGUCUUCACUUUCAGGUUAAGAGCCUCAAAGUCUUUGAUACAUUCCUCAGGAUUCUGACAAACAGCAAGACCUUGACGGAAAUGAUGCUAAAGGUUCUCGAGUUCUUUAAGUGGAGGCACGUGACGGCUGUAAUUGAUCUCGGUAUCAGCAUAGGAACAUCCAUCUCACGUGACUUCAGGCUAAGGUUACAAGAAUUAAGAUACAGUAAUUUUAACUUGGAAUUAGUGGAGUAUGACGACCUAGUCAAAGAAGAUUUCACCACAAUAUUGGCCAAAAGAAAAAAGCAAGCCAAGAUUUUCAUCAUUAUAACUACUGCAAAGACUCUUCGAGAAUUUCUUCUCUCCGCCUAUGCUCUAGGAAUGGAGAAUGGAGACUUUGUCUUUAUUGGUGUUGACUUAUUUAAUACCCAGUUAUCGCUUGGAGAAUUUUCUUGGUAUAUUCCUGGAGAUUUCCGAAACAAGAUGUUGCUAGAGGGAGGUGCAGGUCGUAAUGAUGACGAUAAGAUCAGUCAAGAAAAGUCUAAGGAUUUGACAUCAACUUUUCUUAGAACUUUCUAA